UUUACUUUCUCCGUCCAGAGACACUAAACCCCGCCAGUAAGAGGUUUACCUGCGCUGCAGCCGAGGCCUGUGUCGGUGGAUUGUCCACAGUGAUUAACUACAGUGAUUUUAUUUGUGAGAGAGCGACGGAGCAGCGCUUCACCCUGUCGAUCUCCGGCGUUUUGAUGUCACAUUCCUGAAGAUUGUGAGGAAGCGAGAAGAGCGAGCCGACAGCAGACGCCGAGGCUGCCAGAGGUCGAACUCUUCGUCCCGCUUGGAAGAGGAAAGGACGCUGUGUUUGCUCAGUUAUGGCUUUUCUGCGUGUGAGAGCAGGACGGAGGGAGCUGAGCUGAGGUCGAGGCCUUCCUCCUCUCGGAGUCACAUGUCAGCGUGAGGCUGCCGGCGCUACUCUGACCCACCGAAAUACUCGAAUACUUGCUCGGAGUUUCCUGUGUGAGCUGUUGACGCUGCAUCUAGAUUCAGCUUUCUGCUUUUAAUCACCCUGAGCAACCGACUGCUACUCCAACCUGAAGAGCUUCCUGCUCCACCCGGCGAGUGGAGCUGCCCCUGAUAAACACAGAGCUUUAUCUGAAUCACCUCACCCCCACCCGUCGGAAGCAAAAUGCCAGCAAAGACGCCAAUGUACUUAAAAACUACGACCCCCAAGAAGGGAAAGAAGCUGAAGCUCCGUGACGUCCUCUCAGGCGAUAUGAUCAGCCCGCCGCUGGGCGACGUGCGUCACAGCGCCCACGUGGGGCCUGAAGGGGAAGGCGACAUGUUUGGAGAUGUGGGCUUCCUGCAGGGGAAGAUGAACAUGCUGCCGUCACUGAGCCGGACGCAGAACGGCCACUCGCGCUCGCACAGCGUGGAGAGACGCCUGGAUGACGGCUUCGCCGCCAAACACGACCCACACAGCUACGCCUACAACGGUUACCAUUAUGAGCACACUUCCACCGGCCUGCUGAAGACCACCAUCUCCAUGCCUGUGUUCAUCGCCCACGAACAGGCUCCACCAAAACCCCCACGCCUCCACCUGGACGACCCCUCCCCUCCUUCUCUGCCUCCCCAGCAAAACCACUUCCACCACCACCAUCAGCAGCCCACAGAGACGGGCCACAAACAGGCCAACGGUCACAGCGCCGACCACGGCCAGCACCACCCGACUCUGUCGCUCUUUGAGAAUGGUGUGGUGGGCCGUUUGGCAUCUGAGCCCUGCCGCGACAUCUCCCUCUCCCCCACCAUCCGCCGGUUCGUCCCCUCCUCUGGCUCCUUCUCAGAGGUCUCCUCUGAGGACUCCAUGUCAGAAACCUGCGGGCCCCUGGACGUUCGCCGGGGCCUCAGCCUGGACUCCGAUGCCGGCCUCAGCAACGAGGAUCUGAGGAGCGAGCGCAGCGAGUCGCCCUGCGCCGCCUUCCAGCCGGCCGGCCUCACGGCCUCAUCUGGUGUGCAACGGUCAGACUCUAUGGCGGGCUUAGACCUGGAUCUGGGCCCGUCCAUCCUGGAGGAUGUCCUGAGUAUCAUGGACCGCUACAAGACUGAGGACAACCGCUGUGAGCUGUGAAGAAUGGACAGAUUCAUGUGAUGUACAGAUAUUUUUUAUACAUGGUUUAAUGAAUCCUUAAAAACUUUGUAAAGACACUAAAGGAGGACAAGGGGUGGAAAAAAAAUGUCUUUUCUAGAGGACUUGACAGCUGUGUUUACAGUUGUUUAAAGAUUUAAGAGAAGUGAGAGGCAGCAGGACGAGGAAGCAGCCCAACACGACAACAGCCGAGGCAACAGGCUGGACCUGAGGAGCCUUUAUCGAAGCUGAACCUCAGACUCGACUGAAGGCUAACGAAGAGGAGAACUGCAACACAGUCCUCAUUUCUGUGGACAAAUACCAGCCACUACCCAAACUGUCUCAUAAUCUGACUGAGCUAGGAGUUUUCUGCUGGUUCAUGGUUAACAAAUGUCCAGCUGAGUCAGAUAUACUCGUCUGUAGACUGACUGGGAGCAAAAGGACAAGGGAGGAUCGUGGAAAACAGCCACUAAGACGUCAUUUCUUACAACCUCAGAUGUACAUUUCUGCAGAAUUAAAGUCACACAUGCUCAGUCAAACUAAGCUGAACUACAAACAUUGAAUAGUUUGAUACCGAAGGCCGUAUUCUGCCCUCAUUCAGUGUUUCAGGAGGCUGAAUAUCUUCACGUGUUUACUGUAAUGCUUAAUGUGAAGAACUGAAUUUACUGUCCUUGUGUAACAGGUGAAGACGUCAGCUAAAAUGGUCUCUACCUGCCGUCCAGUGUUGCUUUUCAGAACAGCGGCUCUGACGUGUCAGAGGGAAACUGAGGAAACUUCUUCUUGUAGUUCAACUCAUGAGAUUUAAGUGUAAGGUGCUGCUUUCUAGAUCAUUUACAAAUAUUGGUCUUUUAAAAACACUCUUCUUCCAUGCUGUGGAUCAAUAUCGGCUUCCCUAACAUUCACUGUUCGCAUCAUCACAGUAGCCUAUUAUUCAAUGUCAUUUAUGCUGUAUAUAUGUCACUGUAAAUGUAAGAA